GUGUGUGUCUCUGUGCGGGUGUGCGCGCCGGCUGAUUGGUGAGCGACACUCGGUGACGACUGCCUGGCCGCGCCGCACCACUGCGCCGCCGACGCUCGUACGGCCUGCACGUCCGCCUGCCACCCGCUGCCACCCGCUCCUGCCGCGACCUGCCGCCCGCAGCCGCCCACGCCGCCCGCGCGCCCACCGUCCUAGUACGACGUGAUAGUCUCGGUAACACAGCGGCGCGCCGGAUCCUCGACAGACUUUUCGGUGAGAUCGGAGCGGCGGCCAGAGUGAGUGACUUACUGGUGGCUCGAGUGAGGGCGUCGCAGCCAUGGAGGAAAGCUCCAUCCCUGACGACUGCAGGAGUGUGCGUUCAGGGGGUCGGCAGGGGGCGGUCCCCCCCGCCCUUGUCACCCGUCAUAACUAGCAUGGUGGGCUGUGUGUCUCCGAGCAGCCCUCCGCCGCCCCUGCUGGCCGCGCCGCCCCUCUCCGUGCCCGGGCCCUCGCCGCCCGGAGGGCAUUCGCCGCCCAUCUUCCCUCCCCCCACCCACGUCCCCCCGCCGCCCUUCCUGCCCGCCCUCUACUUCUCGCACGCCUACAACUCGCCGCCGCCGCCCAUCCACACGUCGGACCCGACGGCCAACGACUGCAAGCUGGUCGAAUACCGCGGCCAGAAGGUGGCGGCCUUCAUCAUCAACAACGAGACGAUGCUGUGCCUCCCGCAGGCGUUCGAGCUGUUCCUGAAGAACCUGGUGGGCGGCCUGCACACAGUCUACACCAAGCUCAAGCGGCUGGGCAUCGAGCCCCUGGUGUGCAACGUGGAGCAAGUGCGUGUGCUGCGAGGCCUGGGCGCCAUCCAGCCCGGCGUCAACAGGUGCAAGCUGCUCUCCAUCAAGCACUUCGACGUUCUCUACAAGGACUGCACCACCGCCAGGUCCGGCUCCAGAGCUCCUAACGUACUGGGGCCACCCCCUACACAAGGGAGGGGCCCGCCCCCACUUCCCUACGUGUUGAUGUAUGUAUCCAAGCUUUGGAUAUUGUUACUUUCUGUAGCAAUACACUUAUGUCUAGUUGGAGGCCCCUGUAACGGUGUCCUAACCCCCGCCCUCCCUCCGCACUUGCCGCCUCAGCCUCCCCUAAGCCGACGCCAGGUGCAGCGGGACAGAUGCAUUCAUUCACCAGAGGCCCAGCGUUGCAUUCCUCCUAUUUAA